AUGACUUCUCCACUUCUCCUUCUCCCUGGCGUAACUAUGGACCACAUUCUGUAUUUCUGCGAUUAUUUAGAAAUCGCACGUCUUCGAAAUGUCUGUCAUUCACUACGAAACCAUAUCGAUUUGUUCAAACCUGACGCCCAUGUGAAAGAAGUGCGUCUAGGAAAUUGGGAGAACGCUGAAAUUUGUUUCGAGUCAGAGAACGAAUCAAAAAACAAUUCAAGAAUAUGGAUUGGUUACAAGGAAACAGAUGACGGGUGUACUGUAGCAUGCAAAACCCAUAUGGGUAGCACUCCUUUGAAAACUAUUUCUGGAUUGGAUCCCAUGGAUGCUCUUAUGCAAGACUUCAAGAUUUACUUGAGACAUCUGAAGACUCCACUGACAAAACUCAAAUUGGAUGAAGUUUGUUGUGACCCACUCCUUCAAAUUAUGAGAUCUCAGACCUUCAAAUUGAAGACCAACAAACUUCAGCUCAGCGAGUUAUCCACUGCUCAAAUCCUCGCAAUGCUACCGUUUUUCGAUGCCAAAUGCCUGAAAAACUUGAAAAUCUUCACCGACGUGAAUGACGUGACCGGAGAGCCAUUGGGUGUAUUCCACGAACUGUUUGAAACGGAGUACUGGAGAAACGCUGAGAAAAUUCGACUGUCCAAUUUCUAUAUCUCGGAUGUCCGCCAAAUCUUCCAUUUGAAAAAAUUUGAAGGCUGCAUGUCGACCGCAGCAAUUGAUGACUUGGUGCUCUUGAAAAAUACCUUCAUCCGCUUGACAGGCUUCGAAUGGAUUCACAUAAAUUUCGACGUUGAUUUCGACGUCUCGUCCAUCAAUGAAGCUUUUGGAGCGCCGUCUUUCGAUAUAGAAUUCACAAAUUCAUGGUUCUUCCGAAUUCAUAAUGACACUAAUAGUGUUCUCUGGGUGGAGCUUACCGAUAAUAAAGUUCUUGUAAUAGAACGUGUUGAUCGUAGCGAUAUUCCGCCAGGUGCAGUGGUUAUCAAUUAUAAAGCAUCUGGCUACUAA